UUUUUUGUUGUGCAGCCCUGGUACGACUAUUCGAUAUACACUAUCGGUGGGCGAGCGACCACUACCGAUGCAGCUCUGCUCGCGCCGAGGCCCUGGAAAACCACGCCAGUCAUUUUUGUUUUGAUAAGGAUACGGAUACAAAAAGAGCGUGGCCUGAAAAUUUUGCAUAAAGCAUAUAGAAAGCAGCACUACGACUCGCGAAAACUGUGCAAACUGUGUGGCAUGUUGUGCAGGACAAAGUGUUUACCAAAUUGCGUGCGAUAACGCAUACGUGGAAGCGACGUGCCAGGUGCCAGGGCAGGUCGCGGCAGCAGCAGCAGCAGACAGCUAAAAUAACAAACCCGACGACGGAGUGUGGUGGGGCUCUCUGGUGGCAAAUGGCUGCGGGGUUUCCAUUUAAUUGUAUAACGCGCAUCCCACUCGCAUCCUUCAUGUGCAGACAAUAAGCGACCCAAAGUAGACUAGCUGGAGCUGAAGAUUUUUCGAAUACCUCAGAUCGGUGAGGCAAACCCCAUAACUAUGCAUCUGAAUCAUGCAACUGCUGCGACAGCUGCCAUGGCCAACUAUCAGCACUAUGCGCCCGCCCAGCUGGCAACGCACGGUGGUGGUGGUGGUGGCGGUGGUGGUGGAGGCGGGGGUGGUGGUGGAGGCGCUGGAAACGCCUUGCAACAGUCGACCACCCUGGCCAGCCUGCAACAGAGUCCGUUCGCCUUGCACCAACUGACCGCUGUGCAGGCCAUCCAGCAUCCCACCCACCAGACGAUGCUCCAUCCGCAACAUCCACUGGUCCACCUGCUAGAUAUAUCGACGACCACAACGAAUAGCGGGGGCAAUCACACGCCCAUACCGCCCAUGAAGCAGGAGGUGGUGCACACAUUCAUCAAAGAGGAGGAGACGGUGGUGGACGAUCCGCGCAAAAAGAAGCAGUGCCACGUGUGUAAGAACAAAUUCCGGCAGCUGACGACGUUACGCAACCACAUGAAAAUACACACCGAUGAACGGCCCUACAAGUGCAAGCAUUGCGACAAGGCAUUCCGCCAGAUCUCGACACUGACCAACCACGUGAAGAUCCACACUGGCGAGAAGCCGUUCACCUGCAACAUUUGCGCCAAGGACUUCCGGCAGCAGAGCACACUGAUCAAUCACAUCAAGACGCAUAAGGCGGCAGAGUCGAGCACGCCGACGUCACUACUCAACUAUCAGCCACAGCCGCAGACGACUGGAAAGAUGAGGAAAUCGCAGGCGAAUCAGAUGCACAACGCCUACCAGCAACAGCAACAGCAGCAGCAGCAUAUGCCGCGCGUACAAAUCUCAAAGACUCUAUACUCCGGCAGCUACAGUUCGCCGGCGGCCGAGGAGCUGGUGAAACCGUACCAGUGUAGCGUGUGCAAGCGACGAUUUCCGCAGCUUAGCACGCUGCACAAUCACGAGCGGACGCACAUCGAUCCCAAGCCGUACAAGUGUGAGACGUGCGACAAGUCCUUCAGCCAGCUGGCCACGCUGGCCAAUCACAAAAAGAUCCAUACGGGUGACAAACCAUACACGUGUUCCUACUGCCACAUGCAGUUCCGCCAGCAGAGCACCCUCACCAACCACAUGAAGACGCACACGCAUCUGGCAUCCCAGCAGCAGCAGCAGCCAGGCGGCACAGUCACAGCCACAGUGGAUCACUCGAUGCCAUUGCCCCUGGCGUCGGGCACGCAGCAACUGACGAGCGGACUGCUGCCCAAUAAUCUGCAUGGUGCAACGCCCAACAUCAUCCAGCUGGAGCAUCAUCCGUUACUGCAUUUUCUGGACAGCGGCACCACGGUCAGCUCUGUGGUAGCUAGUAAUGUGGCUGCUGUGGCAGCCAAAUCUGAGCACUUUCAGACCAACACCAAGUCUGAACACUUCCAGGCCGCCUCGCCGCCCGGUCGCAUCACCAUGGUGGGCAAUAUCAAUAUGCUGAAGGGCGAGAAUCCGGACCGUCCGUUUGGAUGCAGCGUCUGCCAGCGCUUCUUCUCACAGCAGAGCACCCUGGUCAAUCACAUCAAGACGCAUACGGGUGAGAAGCCAUACAAGUGCAAGAUCUGCGAUGUUAACUUCCGACAGGUGGCCACGCUCAACAAUCACAUGAAGAUCCAUACUGGUGAAAAGCCCUACAACUGUUCCUACUGCCCCAAGCAGUUCCGGCAGAAGAGCACCCUGCAGAAUCAUCUAAGGGUGCAUACGUGCUAGUCGCAGCUAGCAGCAACAUGCUACAGUCUCCAGCCACCAGUCCGCAGCCAGCCAGCCAGCCAGCCAGUCAGCCAGCAAGCAAGCAGCCCAGCCAGCGAGCCAGUCAACCAGCCAUUGAGGAAUAGUGCAAUAUGCAUGCCACAUACACAUAUACCGCAUACAGUUAUAGAGUUGCAAAAUGUAUUGUAUACAGAAUAUGAUUACAUGAAUACUAACUAUAUUUGAAUGAUAUACUCAAAAGUGUUAUUUACCUGCUGUGCAGAGCGCAAUUGUAUGUAACUAGAAGAGUAGAAGAGCUGAUCCACAUGCGUGUCCAAUUGUAAAUUAAGGCUAGCCGUACAUCGUGCACACACACACGUACACGUACACACAUAAUACAGGGUGUUUAAGCCGAAAACUCUAUCUACUAUUCCCCCCUCCCCCCUACUACUAAUACUACUACUAGUACUACUAUUAGCCUCAUAACUGUUGUCACCCCAAUCCCCCUCCGCCCCCAUCUCUGCCCGUUUCUCAGUUCCGCUGCAGGCUGCCUGCCAAGCCCCCCUACCCGAGUUAAGUCUAGCUUCUCUCCAGCUUUUCUCGUCGUGUUAAAUGUUAAGCCCCGAAAGCAAAAAGUAAAGUAAAUAAAUAAUGGUAAAACUAGUUAUUGCUAUACUGUGUGUAAGCCACCCUCCCCUCUCUCGAUUUAGCCCGCCCGCUCUAAACAUAUACCAUACAUAAGCCGCAACUAUUUAUAUAUGUAAGUGUACUCUUAGCGGAUAUUUAGCAGCAUCUUUUACUCAAAUGACUACAAGCGGCGCAAAGGUGCGAUCGCAUAAAUAAUCAAUAAUAUAACUUACUAUUCACGAAAGAAAAGUAAACAAAAAAACGAACCGGGUUGCUUAUACGAGUACUAGAACAAACAAACAAAAAAUACUUAGAAAACGGAGAGACGAGAGACGCGAGAGUCCCUAUAUUAAGCGAUACGAUGCGAUGCGUUGCGAGAGAAAGAGAAACAAGUAAAACCAGCUUUUACUGCAUAGACACACUGAGAAUCGAGCGUAAAUGUUGUAGAGAAUAUAUAGUAUAUAUUAAAAAUAUACAUAUAAACUAUUUGUAAAUGUAAGCGAAGCGUAUAGCUAAAAACAACAACAAUAAAACAUGGAAAAAA